AUGAAUAUUGAAAAAGCUGAGUCCAACUCCAAAUUAUUAGAGUUCUCUAGGCAGAAUUUGGAAAAUAAAACGAAGAAGGAAUUGGAGAUCAAACAGAAGCAAGAGGAAUUACUGGAGCAAAGAAGAAUCAUUUUAAAAUCUCUAUUAACUCCAGAUGCUCAUGCACGAUUGUCAAGGAUAGCCAUUGUUAAAGAAGAGAAGGCUAGGAAAAUAGAGGAUAUAAUAAUAAGAAAUAGCCAGAUGGGCUUAUUACAUAAAAAAAUUGAUGAGGACCAACUGAUUAAAAUUAUAGAGCAAAUCAGCGAAAGGAUUUGCAAAAAGGAACCUGUAAUCGAAAUCAGGAGAAGAAAACAGUUUGAUGAUGACGACGAUUUCAACGAGGAGGAUUAUAUGUAG